GGGCUGCGAGGUUAUUAGAGGUGGAGCGCGGGGAGGGCGCGCGGCGGGAGGCGGCCGCCGUUACGGCGCGAGCGUGGUCACGUGGCCGCUGGUCACCGCCGCCACCCCCUCCCGCCCUGUUCUCUUUCAGGUCGGGCCGGGCCCGGCCGCUUCCGCGAGCGCCCUGCAGACUGAGGGAGAGAGAGAGAAAGAGGAGGGGAGGAGGAGGAGGAUUCAGGGAAUAGGAGCUGGGGAGCCCUUCUGCGCCACAGAACUUGAAGAUUUUUUCUGUGUGGUUUAGCGUAAAUUAAAAGAGAAAACUGACAGACUACAGAGCUCAGACUGUGCAAAAUCACAUUUCAUGAUUUUCUUCUGGUAAGAUCCUUAUGGCAUCAAACUCAACCCUGUGGAUUUGAACCCAUUGUGUCUUCAUCCCUACUCUGUCUUCUCUAGUUCAGGUCCCCAUCAUCUCUUGCCUUCGUUUCUGUAAGGUCUUCUGACUGGUGUCCCUGCAGCCAGUCUCGCUCUGUCUCCCUGGCUGGAGUGCAGUGGCGUGAUCUUGGCUAACUGCAACCUCUGCCUCCCGGGUUCAAGCGAUUCUCCUGCGUCAGCCUCCUGAGGAGCUGGGACUACAGUGAUAUCAGUAUCAAGAUAAAAGUUUGGAAUGGGAGAAAAAUUCUCAAAGCCUGAAAGAAAAUCUGGAGAUGCUGUUUUUCCAGCAGCUCAGUUAAGGGAGAACUUAGCUUGUCUCUGUUUCUUGAUUCCUCUUCAAUUUCUGUUUGCAAACCAAGACUUGUGUUUGGAGAACUCUAUUGUACUGAGCCUAAGUCAUUUUUGAUCUAUAACAAGAACGUGCAUUUUCACAUGUCAACCGGAUUUGUGGACCAGUAAAGUUCUCCCACAAGAGAUGGGGUCUCACUCUGUCAUCCAGGCUGGAAUAUAGUGGCACAAUCAUAGCCCAUUGUAGCCUCCAUCUCAAGGACUCAGGGGAUCCUCCCUUCUAGGCCUCCCAAGUAGCUGGGAUUACAGAGACAGGAUCUCACCAUGUUACCCAGGCUGGUCUCGAACUCCUGACCUCAAGCAAUCCUCCCACCUUGGCCUCCCACGGUGCUGGGAUUACAGGAGGGAGCCUGCGAGCAAACGAGGUGGAAACUGGAGUGCACAAGUGCUGGAAUGGGCUGUCUGCCUUCCACCCCUCACGGGAGGGAGCGCGCAGGUAGUUACUUUUGGUGACGCUGUCCAGUUCCCACAAUGUAUCAUUCCUUAUCUGAAACUAGACAUCCUCUGCAGCCAGAAGAACAAGAAGUAGGCAUUGACCCCUUGUCCAGUUACUCUAACAAGUCUGGAGGAGAUUCAAAUAAAAAUGGAAGAAGAACAAGUUCUACUUUAGACUCUGAAGGGACUUUUAAUUCCUAUAGGAAAGAAUGGGAAGAACUAUUUGUAAACAACAAUUACUUGGCAACAAUAAGGCAGAAGGGGAUUAAUGGGCAGCUGAGAAGCAGCAGGUUCCGCAGCAUUUGCUGGAAGCUAUUUCUUUGUGUUCUUCCUCAAGACAAAAGUCAAUGGAUAAGUAGAAUUGAAGAAUUAAGAGCAUGGUAUAGCAACAUUAAAGAAAUACAUAUUACCAACCCGAGGAAGGUUGUUGGCCAACAAGAUUUGAUGAUCAAUAAUCCUCUUUCACAGGAUGAAGGGAGUCUUUGGAACAAAUUCUUCCAAGAUAAAGAACUUCGAUCAAUGAUUGAACAAGAUGUCAAAAGAACGUUUCCUGAAAUGCAGUUUUUCCAGCAAGAAAAUGUGAGAAAAAUUCUUACAGAUGUUCUUUUCUGUUAUGCCAGAGAAAACGAGCAGUUGCUUUAUAAACAGGGCAUGCACGAACUGUUAGCACCUAUAGUCUUUGUCCUUCACUGUGACCACCAAGCUUUUCUACAUGCCAGUGAGUCUGCACAGCCCAGUGAGGAAAUGAAAACUGUCUUGAACCCUGAGUAUCUGGAACAUGAUGCCUAUGCAGUGUUCUCACAACUUAUGGAAACUGCUGAACCUUGGUUUUCAACUUUUGAGCAUGAUGGUCAGAAGGGGAAAGAAACACUGAUGACUCCCAUUCCCUUUGCUAGACCACAAGAUUUAGGGCCAACAAUUGCUAUUGUUACUAAAGUCAACCAGAUCCAGGAUCAUCUACUGAAGAAACAUGAUAUUGAGCUUUACAUGCACUUGAACAGACUAGAAAUUGCACCACAGAUAUAUGGGUUAAGGUGGGUGCGGCUGCUAUUUGGACGAGAGUUCCCCCUGCAGGACCUUCUGGUGGUCUGGGAUGCCUUGUUUGCAGACGGCCUCAGCCUGGGUUUAGUAGAUUAUAUCUUCGUAGCCAUGUUACUUUACAUCCGAGAUGCUUUGAUCUCUAGUAACUACCAGACCUGUCUCGGCCUUCUGAUGCAUUACCCAUUCAUCGGGGAUGUACACUCACUGAUUCUUAAAGCUCUGUUCCUUAGAGAUCCAAAGAGAAAUCCAAGACCAGUGACUUAUCAAUUCCAUCCAAAUUUAGAUUAUUACAAAGCACGAGGAGCAGACCUCAUGAAUAAAAGCCGGACCAAUGCCAAAGGUGCUCCCCUGAAUAUAAAUAAGGUCUCUAAUAGCCUGAUUAAUUUUGGAAGAAAGUUGAUUUCCCCAGCAAUGGCUCCAGGCAGUGCAGGUGGCCCUGUACCUGGAGGCAACAGCAGUAGCUCCUCCUCUGUUGUAAUUCCUACCAGGACCUCAGCAGAGGCCCCAAGCCAUCAUUUACAACAGCAACAGCAGCAGCAGAGGCUGAUGAAAUCAGAAAGCAUGCCUGUGCAAUUGAACAAAGGCGAUGUAGUUACAGGAAGCGAUGCUCAGGUUUCUGUUCCUGUCCAGACUCUAACUGACCUCCAAGGGCUAAGUUCUAAAAACAUCAGUUCAUCUCCAAGCGUUGAGAGUUUGCCUGGAGGAAGAGAAUUCACUGGCUCUCCACCUUCAUCUGCUACUAAAAAAGAUUCCUUUUUUAGCAACAUCUCACGUUCCCGCUCACACAGCAAAACUAUGGGCAGAAAAGAAUCUGAAGAAGAAUUAGAAGCCCAAAUUUCCUUCCUUCAAGGGCAGUUGAAUGACCUGGAUGCCAUGUGCAAAUACUGUGCAAAGGUGAUGGACGCUCAUCUUGUAAAUAUUCAAGAUGUGAUAUUACAAGAAAAUUUGGAAAAAGAAGAUCAAAUUCUGGUUUCCCUGGCAGGAUUAAAACAGAUCAAAGACAUUCUAAAAGGUUCCCUGCGUUUUAACCAGAGCCAGCUAGAGGCCGAAGAGAACGAACAGAUCACCAUUGCGGACAACCACUACUGCUCCAGCGGCCAGGGCCAGGGCCAGGGCCGAGGCCAAGGCCAGAGCGUUCAAAUGUCUGGGGCCAUUAAACAGGCCUCUUCAGAAACGCCAGGGUGCACUGAUAGAGGGAAUUCCGAUGACUUCAUCCUGAUUUCCAAAGAUGAUGAUGGGAGCAGUGCCAGGGGCUCCUUCUCCGGCCAGGCCCAGCCUCUUCGCACCCUCAGAAGCACCUCUGGGAAAAGCCAGGCCCCAGUCUGCUCCCCACUGGUGUUCUCAGAUCCACUGAUGGGCCCAGCCUCAGCUUCUUCCAGCAACCCCAGUUCCAGUCCUGAUGACGACAGCAGCAAGGACUCUGGCUUCACCAUUGUGAGUCCCCUGGACAUCUGACCACAGUGCCCAGUCCUGCCCCACAGGGAUCUAGCCACCCUUCAGUGGCCCCAAGGCCAGACUGAGGCUCGUCCAGUGGAGAACCUUCUUAAACCACUGCUUCCUUCCCGGCAUGCAUUUGGCAUUGGUCCAGCCCUUUGAAACCCCUUAGAGAAAAGCAUAUAUGGCCACAAAGCACAGAGGCUUAGGUUUGCCACAUGCAGACAGGGCUUUCUGGGCCCUUACCUAAUCCCCACCUGACUCUUGCUCUGAGUUAGAGCUGAGUUACGUACCCAGUAUCACACUCACAGUUAGAAAAGACCGAAUCACAAUUUAGAAUCACUUUUCCUCUGUCCCCUUCUCCCCAGCUAAGAAUGUGUGGCACCUCCAUCAGUUAUACUUAGAAGGAGCAGAAAUAGUUAUUUUCGUAUCUUCUAUCCCUCAAAGCAUCAGACAUGGGAAAAUUGGUUUAUACCAAGAAAGCUUCCUCUGUGGAAAUAUGUCUCAGCCUACUUUAUUCCUGCAUUGGGAAGCCAUAUCGCAGAGCUAAAUGCAAUAGAAUGAACUAGAACUAGUGGAUUCCAGGGCUGGGGGGGAAAAAAAAAGAAAAAACCUCAUUACUGACCUCUCAAAGUUAUAAGGAUCUCUGCAAACAGGGUCUAAGCUUAGGAAUCAUAUUUAGGUGUGAUAUAGUGUUAGAUUUUUUUGAUGUAUUAAAGAAUGCAUCUCCAAUCCUUAGGCCAUAUCAACUUUGGCCAUCAAUAUCUCUCCUUAAACAAUUAUAUUUCACCUUUUAGAAUCUUUCAUAGCCAGAAAACAAGAUUACUGUAAGCCAGUUUUUGCUGCACUGAUUUCAAAAGAUAUAAGAAUAUUACUAUCCUUCAAAUGGAAAAUGCGACCUUGACUUUAUGGGAUAAACAUCUUCCAGACAGUCAGUUUUCUAGUCAAGUUUCUCUGGUUUCAGAGCUGUAUAUACCUGUCAACUGAGGAAUAAAGGGAAAAACCCAAGUUCAUUCCCACCCAAAGUCAGAAUCCCUCAUUGGCCUUAAGGUAGCAGUCAUAUAAGACAGAGAAUUGGACCUAGAGUCCCUUCUGUGGGGAAUAAGGAUACCUAGAGAACAUUCCACAUGCCAAGAGGAUGCAGGAUUUCUACACAACCCCUUCCCUUCUUGGAAGUCAAGUGUAGGUACUGCAGGGCCUGUGCUCAGCUGUGAACCCCGUAUCCUGGGCACCACUGCCGGGACCGGGUCUGACAUGCCAGUGCCUUCCUGGGCGGAGCACAGAUUAGAGACUCUCCCCCUUGUCAGUCAGCACCUUAGGAAACCAUGAUGGGCACAGAGCAUCACAUGAGCUGUUUCUCUCCUUAAAGAUCCCUGGAAAGGAUGCUUUUCCUCUCCUUUGCCUGCACAGGAAUUCUAACAGGAGUGGGUGAGGAUGGCAGAGGGACACAGUGCCUGUCUCGCCUCCAUCAGGGAGAGCAGCCAUGCCAGGGAUGACUAGCUCUUUGAGCCUGUCCUCAGAGGAUGGCGAGGCAGCUGGGCAGUGGAGGCCUUCAUGGUAACAAAUGAAAGCUCAGUAUAGAGGAACAGACACUGUUUACGUCCCUCCCACUGCUAACCUUAUAUAUCUCUAUAGACAAAUGUGAUAAUGACAUGAUUUCCCACCUGCCCUCCAAGAAAAUGGUGACUCACUCUCAAGUCAGCUACUGUAGAGAGGGUUCUAAUUGAUUCUGCAAUUUGCUCUUAAACUCUAGCAGGGAAAUCUCCUCUUACCACAUCAGCAUGUAAGGUGAAUAAUAACUCUGGUUUUGCCAGACAACAGGUUGUCUGGCCUUCAACCAUUGGGCAAUUGCCUGGCAGAUGCACACAGUAGCUCCCUGGCUUCUGGCUCUGAGUGUUCCUCUCAGCACCUCUGAGUAAGUUGCUGCCAAGCACAUAUCCCUAUGACAACACUUUGUAAAAGCCGCGGGGCCCCCAUAGAGCGAGUGACCUUGCAACUGUGCAGGGUUGCCAUUGGUCACUUUCUCACCUUGGGAAGGUGUCAGUGUUUUCAGUUCUAAGGUAAGAGGUGUAGAGCUGUUCCCACCAGGGCUCUGGGACAGACUGGAAAGGACCACAGAGCUGGCCAUCCCUGGGCAGCUGGGCCAGUGUCACCUGCUGACCUCUAGUACUUCCUUUGCCCUAGAGCUAGAGUCAUGAUAGCUGAGGGUCACUGGCCCUGCAAGAGUCACUAGGCACCCACCAUGCCAAUAAGGCUCUCCGCUGGCUCCCUGCAGUUGGCUGGGUGUUUAAUAGUCACUGAAAACUCCCAGCCCGGCUGCACACUAGAGGCAGGUCCUCUCGGUCCUCUCCAUCCUGUGCUUCUGUGUUGGUGGCAUGUGAGGACCAAUGGGUUCACUCAGAGAUAUUGCUUCUGUGGCCCCCAACAAGCUCACCGCCUCCUUGGAGGAGAGAGACAUACAAGGACAGUGGGUCAUGGGGAGUACCAGCCUCAAAUUCCCACAGGCUCAUACUCAGACAAUUGUAUUACUGCCUUAUGUUUUUUAAGUGUUUUUUUUAAUUCUUCAUAGUUGAGUAUUAUUUGCAAUUUUAUUAGUUACAGUGCUAUUAAAGAAUAUGUGUUCCUUUUUAUUAUAUUAUCAGAUACUUAUGUUUAAUUGUACAUUUUUUAAAUCCUGAAUAUAUUGUGUUUUGUUAACAAAUGUAAUCAGUGGAACCCUUCUUACGUUUUGAUUAUUAGCAGUUAAAUACAUUUUGUAUACAUGAAGCUUAGAUUAAUUCCCAUCAUCAUCAUCUCCUGUUUUUAUAUGUGUCCCUAUGUGUUUCAUGCAUUCCUCUUUGAUCAGAUUGGAAUUUGAGUUAAAAUUUAGCUUUGUACAUUACGCGUGAGAGUUACAGACUAGCAAGUCUAAUUACUUUGCCUUACCUUGAGUGUAUGCCACAGGGUCAGAUAACACAUUAAACAUUUAGUUACACUGGAUUACUCUUCCAAAGCUGACCUCCUGCUAAUGUUCAGAGGUAACUGCAAUCUGGAAAGAAAUAAUAUCACUGCAGAAAGAAUGUGACUCUAAAAAUAAUAAACCAGGACCUCCCUGUGAUUUGCCUUGCCUGCAGAUGACCAAUUGACUCUUGUGCUGUCAGCCCUGGGGUUGCUAAGGAAGCUGCUUCAGGGAGUUGGGGGUUAGUUGCCCGCUCUCAACAGGAAUGCCUCCUCUACUUUGUCAGAGAUGCUGAACAAAUAUCAAACUGUGUGGCAGUCAUGCUGGCCGCCUAAGAAUAACCUGUCAGAGUUGAUGCACAUUAUUUUUGUUUUUAUUUUAUUUUUUUAAGGAACUGCUCCAAGGGUUCAUUAUAGAACAGGAGUGUGUACGGAGGACUUAGGUCCCCACAUAGAGUGGCCGUUCUGUGGCGGCUCCAACCAAUUCCAUCCCUCCUUUCCUGCGGACACACACCUGGCCCCUGGCCCCUGCCCUGUGUGUCCGGAGGAGGGGCACUGGGGAGGCUGUGGAGCAGAGAGAAGAGGCCGGAUGCAUUGAGGAUGGCACCUGGCAAGCCAGGCUUCCUUCUCAAAGGCCAGACUGCUUUCUCAGUGUUACUUACUAAAGCUCUCUUUUUAUAGUGUUAAAAAGAUAUAUAAAGUUCGUAUAAACAGGCUUGAGACCACUUUGAUGUAAAAGCUGUCAUAGUAGUUUUUCUCACAGUGGCACAAUUCAUUUGAUUGAUGGAAUAUUCAGUGACGCCAUGUAUGCCCUAUCGCUUUUUUCUUAUCCAUCUUUAUGCUAUAACUCAUAUUGAUUUAAGAAAUGAUUUCUACUUUUGGCAAAGCGACCCCAUUCAAUAUGGUUAUAAUAAAAGACUAAUGUCAAACUGA